UGAAAAUGACAAAUUCCCUAUGGGGAACCCCUAAAAAUACGAAGGAAACGUGUAAGUCUGAUCUAAGAAACACGUGUUAUCUGUGGGUUGUGGUUAAUAUCGGGCUAGCUACCCUUUCCGACAUAGAUGAACCGUCAUUUGCACACUGAACGUCGGCAAAGCACUCUCCAAAGACUUAACAAAAAUCCUGAAUGUUGCUUCAAGUUUAUCUUUCCAAAGAAACUAUUGCAGUUUGACUUGAAGUUUUACUUUUGAAUCACAAUGGAGCAUUUCUCUUCUUUUGUUUUGUUCGGUGUAACAAUGAUGUUACUCGGGAGUUUGUUUCCGGUCUCCACCUUGGCCGAAGAUUUACCGGAACCGGAAGAAAUGAAGAUGGAAGUAGUAAAAAAGCCAAAAUUUUGUCUCCGGAAAGUGAAAGCAGGAGACAUAAUGUUGAUGAAAAUGGAGGGGAAAAUUUUCUCCACCGGGGAGGUGUUCGAUUCUAAUUUGAAAGCAAAGCAGCCGUACAUAUUCCAACACCGUGGAGGUCAACUCGAUGAGCAAAUGGAAACCGCUAUGGAAGAUAUGUGUGCUGGCGAGACAAGGAAAAUUAUAUUACCAGGCGGAGGUCGACGACAGAACUUCACCACCAAAAACGGGUUCGAAGUAUCGGCCAAUGCCACGCUUGAGUAUGUCGUAGAACUCCAGGAAAUCCAGGAAAGCCCUGAUCACGUGAUGGUGUUUAACUUACUAAACACUGAUAAAUCCGGAAAAUUGUCUGUGGCGCAGUUUAUGGCGAUAGCGGCACAGGGGCUUGAGAUGUUUCCUAUGGUUUCCACUCUAGAACAAAUGGAAAUGGUCAUACAGGAGGCUUUCAGACUUGCCGAUAAGGAUGGGGAUGGUCGUCUUGACCUUGAAGAAUACCUAGACUCCCCAUUAGUCUCCAAGGCCAACCCUGAACACGAAGACGCUUUAGAAAAACUAUUUGCUAAAAUGGAUAAAAUGGAAAAGCAAGCGACUGCUGAAAGCGAAACACCGAAAAAGGAAGAGCUGUAGAGUUCUUUUUUAUUAAGACGCGCACGUGAAUUUUUGAGUUCUUUAAAGAAAAAAAAAAAAAAAACAUUUAAAAUACCGGACAGAGUCAACCGUGACAAUUUUAGUUAUAAACAAAAACAAAAAACAAAACAAAAAUAUAGAAAUUACGUUUUGAAAUUUUAAGUAUGGGGUUAUGUAAAACAGCCUUAACAUUCUGCUAGAUUGACUGCAAUAUCAGUUCUUUAAUAAAUAAACAUUCAUAUUUACCACAAAGACGAUAAUUGUAUCAAGUCAAGUUAAGUUUAAGAGAAAUUCGAUAACUGUUUCUAUUGAUUACAUAUGACAAUUCUCAUAUUUAGUAUGUUUUCGUUUGUAGACUGAAACAGAAGUUUUAUAUUUGAUGUCCGAGUACCACAUAGUUAAAAAAAAUAGGUAAAUUAGUUAUCUGAAAAACAACGUACUAUAGAUGUUUAAAUACAUUUCGGUAUCAAAAUCAGAGCACAGAAUGGAAAAGAUAUGACCCCAUGCCAUUUAAACUGCGUCUUAUUCCACGAUAUUUACCACCGGUGGGUGCAGUUCGAUGUUAAAUUGAAUGACACGUGAUCGGAAGUAGACCAACCAGCAUCCGAUACAAAACUGAAAAUGCAUGAACAUUUGUCCUACCAUGUCUUGCAAAUUCGGUAUUAAAAACAAAUAAUGCUCGUUCAUGAUUUGUUUAGCUAUGUUAUGAAAUAUAAUUUAAUACGGAAGGAAACUAGGCUUUGACAUUCGACCAAUUCUGUUUCCGCGUUAAGGAGUUAAAUGGCUUGCUUUCAGUUUAGUCAUUGUAAUUUAUUGCUGCGUUGCAUUCCUUUUCUCUUUGCGUUAUCCGUGAUGCUUAACCAAAGAAAUUUUGGACAGAUGAAAAUUGGCAAAAUACAACACUGUUUUAUGUUAACAAGAAAUACCGAAAUGAUAUUAAUCAUAUACUGAUUUCCGAUAUUAUUUUUUCAUGGGAUUUCAUCUCACAAAAUAAUAAUCAAAGCCUAUUAAACCCAUUAUUAUUCAAAUGACUUUUAAAAGUGUAGGAAGUGUAGUUUAAAUAUCAAAUAAACGUCCAUCGUUAUUUUGAAUGGGCUAGGUUACUCCCGACAAUGUUUGGUUACCGAAAUAUAACAAAUGCAGAAGGCUAGCUUACUACAGAAAUAUAGAGACAGUCUCUAACUUUGACUUUAAUAUUUUAAUAGACAUACAUUCUAUACAUAUACAGUAAUUUGAAUACUGCAUAUCCGUACAGACAAUCUGUAACAAGCAGUAAAGUGCGACCGGGAGAAAAUAUUGUUGACAAUUUUCAUUUGUCCUGGAAUCACUAUAUAAGGGAGGUAACUCCGAGAAAAAAGGAUGUAAGCCAACUGUUCUCAGACAAGUCCAUAAAGGCUCGGAAUCUUCUGCAUGUUACACUAAAUACAUGUACAUGUAUCUCUUCUUGAUUAAAAAAUUUAACUUUGAA